CCGACUUUGCCGUUACGGUUUGUUUCAUUCCCACCAAAAGAACCUUUGUGUUGUAUUUCACGGAAACUUAAUUAAUACCCUAAUCUCUAAGUCUGAAUCCGCUUUCUCUUUUCUGUCCAAACCCUAAUUCGUUGAUCCUGCAGAGAGGUAAUUAAGGUUACAAUCCUCUUGGUGGAUUUUGACUGUUUCUUGGCAAUUAAAGAAACUGUUAAACUUUGCUGCAAAUUGGAUUAUUUUGGGCAAUUUUUCUCUUUUUGCUGUUCAGAAGGGUGAAGAAUUAAUCUAUGAUGGUUAGUACAAAGAUGAUGGUUAUCAGCAUGGUUAUGAAGCUGAUGGUUAUAGAUGCAUCAGACACAAAUGAUGUUUACGAUCCUUGCUCAGACACCAAAGUUGCGAAACUAGAUGGAUUUACUUUCGGAAUUGCAAUUUCUUCAAAAGAGUCUUUCUUUUUCAACCAAACACAAUUGUCACCUUGUGAUUCCCGUCUUAGCCUUGCAAGCACUGCUCAACUUGCAGUGUUUAGGCCUAAGGUCGAUGAAAUUUCUCUACUUACCAUAAACGGUAGCUCUUACUCCCCUGCUACAAAUGGAGAUCAUAUGGUGGCAUUCGCUGGACGAAAAUAUGCAGCAAGAUCACCCCCGGCUUUGAUUACUGAUAAAUCCCACGUUAUAACAAGUUUCACUCUGAUACUUGAAUUCCAGCAGGGUACACUGCAAAAUUUAUUUUGGAAGAGAAGUGGGUGUGGAUCAUGUUCAGGGAAGAAGUCUUUUGUUUGUCUCAACCAACAAGACUGUGCAAUUGAUGUAUCCAAGUGCACUGGCUCUGUUGAUUGCAGCCUUGGAAUUCAGCUGGCUUUCUCAGGCACAGACAAGAACAAUGAGGUUCUCAACUCAUGGUAUGAGGUUAAAAAUCUUCGCCAGUAUUCACUCUUUGGACUUUAUUCUAACCUCAAGGAUUCGAUUUUAAACCAAUUCGACAGUCUUUUCUAAGCAACAAAAAGUGAUCCAUUUAAGGGACUCGUAGUAGUUAUCUCUGUCUACUUUCUCUUUUUUGCUCAUUGUAAUUACAUGAUUUAUUCUAGUCUAUAUUUAUAGAUUUGCUUGCUGUAUGCUAUAAGUCACCUGACGAUUCCUUGUAAAUUGACGGAUUUUGAAUGUCAAAAUCUAAAUCAUCAUAUAUUGACAAGGCUAGUACCUUGAAGUGGAAA